GCGCUGGCGAGAAGGCGAGACGGUGGGAAAUGACUGUAGGGUGUCAGGGUGAAUUUAGAUACUAAAGCCGUGAAUUACAUUUUGUUUUUAUCAAAGUAUACGUUUUGGCUUUUUUUAAAUGCUGGCUGCGCAGGACGUGUGGUGAACGGAAGGAUUUAUAGGUGCCGGGGACACACCGUUAGUUCCUUCCCUCUGCCAGAAUGCCGCGGGGCAACAAAACUCCUCUUAUUCAGAAAAUAGCCGAACAAGCCCACCUCACCUUUAAAGGCUUAACGUCGUCGACCAACGGGGUAAACACGCUGACGGAGGACCAGCAGAGUGAACUGAUCUCCUUAGUGACGGCGGUCAGGGCUGUUGACCUGAAAAUCGCUCCCCGGAAAACCCAACCGAGCUCCGGGGAAGCGGAGCUCCAGAGCCCCCCGGUCACCUACAUGCACAUCUGCGAGACGGAGGCGUUCAGCAUGGGGGUGUUCCUGCUGAAGACCGGCGCCUCCAUACCGCUACACGACCACCCGGGCAUGAACGGCAUGCUGAAGGUUCUCUACGGGAAGUUGAGCAUCCGCUGUUUUGACAGGCUUGAGGAUAAUCUGAGAGCCAGCAACGUCCCACCUCAAUUCGAGCCCCCGCUGGCUCCGUUCCAGACCUCCUCCCUGCGGCGCUCCAUGCUUCGCUCGGUCGCCGAGUACUCUGAGGACAGCGGGCCGUGCCUCCUCACCCCUCUACGGGAAAACCUCCACCAGAUUGCCACGGUGGAGGGGCCAGCCGCUUUCCUGGACAUCCUGGCACCCCCGUACAAUCCAGACGAUGGGCGGGACUGUCACUAUUACAAAGCUCUCCAAAUUGUGGCAGAGGGCGCAUUGGAUGGAAAGAGCCAGGAGGAGAAGCAGGGAGAGGUGACGUGGCUCCUAGAAAUCCCGCAACCAGAGGACUUCUGGUGUGGCGGGGAACCCUACCCGGGCCCUGCAGUCUCCUUCUGAAGGAAACCUCUGACCCGAGCAACUGUCCUGCAGUUUGUGAGCCUGAUAACACACCCAUCUGCAAGAAGAGAGUUUGUUUCGCCCCGCGCUACAGGAAAGUCAAACAUGUCAUUGUUGCCUGGAACUCAAAGGGAUUGGGUGCCUUGCUCAUGAGUGCUGCUAUAGGGCCGAGGCUUGAACUCUGAAACCCUGCACAGAACACGGACCUCAGAGCGGCCCUCAAUAAUAUUCUUGGGAGAUCUUGCUGUGAGAGAAGAGUCGACACAAGGAAUGUGCUUUCCUAAUCAUUUUUCAUUUCACCGUUCUGUUGCCUUGUACACACGUGAAGGUUGUGUGUAUGCUGGGGGGGUCAGAAGCAUCUCGUGUCUUCCGUUUACACAUUAUUCUUCUGCUCUGCUGCGGAGGACCUCCACGUCGCAGCGUGUCUCGAGACCCACACGUGCAGCUAAAGCCUGCCAUAUUUUAUAUAUAUAUAACAUUUAAUUAUUCUUAAUGACAUUUUCUAAUGCGCACCCUUUAUUUCUUCUUCCUGUGCACUCACUACACUAUAUAUACACUUUAUCUUUGUUUCAUGUAUUUAAGUUAUUCCAAUUUGCUACUAAUCAGUAAAGGGAAAGUGUUUAAUGUUCAGCUACUUCUAAAUAAUGCUGCUUUUGGCCGGAAACCAAAUGUCCAAAAGAGACACUUUCGAGCUAACACUCCAAGUUGGUUAUGUGGGUUUAUUCAUCUCAGAUUCUUUCAUGUGUCAUUAUAUUGUCAAAGUUUUUCCCCAAAUCCAGCUCCGAUUGAGUUUUAAGGCCAGCAACCAGCAAAUGUAGAGAUUUGUGUUUUUGUCUUGUUUAUUAGAGCACAGCUAUUGGUGCUGUCAGUAAACGCCUACAUCACUAUGUAGGAUCACAGUUACAUGUGAUAAACAGGCACAGAGUGUAGUUUUUUUAUUUUAUUUAGAAUAUACACAAGCCCUUUGUAAUAUUCUUGUUAGACCAAUCAUUUGUAAAGAUUCACAGAUCGAUCAAUAGCAUAAGAAAAAUGAAAGACAAAAUAUGGACGGACAAAGUUUGUGCAGAACACUGACAAUAUUAUGUGCGGUCAUUUUAGCCCAAAUAACUCCAGUCCCGUGACCUGGCCUAGGCAAUAAGGAGAAAACCAAGGUUGAAAAUUGGUGCUUUCACAAAAUCAUAAAUCACCAGUUGUGUGGCUUUAAUGAGAAAAAGGCUAAUAAUAGAAAAAUAGAACAUUCUUCUGAAAAUGAGUUCACAGGAAAAUAAAUAACAUAUUACCCAUAUUAUAUCCAAAGAUAGUAUCAUACUAUGCAUACUAUUUAAUACUGAUGAAGUCUACAGACUGACAACAUUUGCAUGCCGUAGGAGCUCUGACUCUUCACUGCCUUACUGUACGGCAUAAAUCGUGGGUGAAGAUCAUGGCCAGAGUGCACCAAAUGUUUUGGCGGGCAUGCCGGUGGAGCCCCUUAUCACUCUGUGUCUCUGGUACUUGUCACCGCACAACCCACACACGAGACAAAAAAGGAAAAGCGCUUCCAUCAGCAGCCAUGUUGAAGUUACUGCAAGGGAAUGUUUUAUCUCCAUUUAAUACCAGCGCAGUGAGAAGACUCUAUGUUUCCACAUGGUUAUCUUCAGUGGUGGUCAUUGGUGCCACCAGGCAGAGACCAACACAAAAGAAACACGUUUCUUUGCAAUAACUUGAAGGUGUGUUUGACACAGUGGGGUGCUGUGCUCCAUUGCUUUCUCAUUGGGUUAGAAAAUGCUUUUAUACAUGUGUGUUUACACAUAUGAGCUAUUCCCUAAAACUGACACACAUAAUCUCUGAUUAUAUCAUAUACAUUUUGUUUCUAAAAUAUAUCUUCUCUUCAUCAUAUUGUAUUGAGUAAACUACGAUCUAGCAGCCUUACACCUCCUACACCCACAGGCCAACAUCAUGUGAGAAGGCCCAGUUUUUGUCCCACAAGAAACAGGAAAACUACAUACAUGUUGGAUAACAUGGUCUUAUUUCAAGUUGCAAGGUACAAAAUUAAAAAUUGUAUUAAAAUAACAUUUCAUGUUGAGUACCAGGGUUAUUGUAGCACAUUUUGCACUAGAGCUUAGUGCUAUGAAUGGAGAUCAUUUCUGUGAUAUUUAGGGCUUGAAAAGUAAAAUGAGACCAAAAUAGAAUCCCUAACCCCGAGCGAGAGAAGAGAGCGGCCUAAUGCCCAGCGGGACAAUGAUCCUCAAACACGGUCUGGUCCAGACAGAGAAAGCUUCGAAGAAAAGAAGAGCAGAAAGGUCAGCGUCCGGCCAGGCCUUCUCCCACACUUCUACACAAUAGAGGGACUUGUGGCAGCACUUACACAUGAUUGUCAACGUGGAAAUCUCAUUUAUUCACGCUUUGUAUUUGUAGAAAUCAGUGUAAAAUUAAAUA